CCUCUGACUCCGCCAUUAAUGCCAAUCAAAGAGUUCAUCUUUUCCUCAUAAUUAUUAUUAUUAUUAUUAUUUUAUUUUAAACUCUCUCAAAAAAUGGGGAAGAAAUUGAAAAAGCUUCCAAAUUUGGUCAACAAAUCUCCAUGGCUAUGGCGUUCCUGCACCCAAUCAAGAACCCUCUCCUUUCGGAUCUCAAACGACAUCUUCAAAACCAUCAACUCAGCCUACGAAGAAGACGACAUGUCGGAUGAUGAACAAAUCGAAGCAUUAUUAAGAGGGCUAAGCCAGAGGCAAGGAAACAGGCUAUUUUUGGAGCUGGAGGAGACCAAUUCCAUAAUGGCGGCGGCGGCGGCGGCGGGGGAGGUGGCCGGAAACUGCCAGGUUCCGUUCAAGGAAAGUGUGGCUAUGGCAAUGGAUUCAAAGGAGCCUUAUUUGGAGUUCAAGAAGUCAAUGGAGGAGAUGGUGGAAGCUCAUGGGUUGAAGGAUGAUUGGAAUGGGUUGGAAAUGCUUUUGAGUUGGUAUUUGAAGGCUAAUUCUAAAACAAAUCAUGGGUUUAUUAUUGGAGCUUUUGUGGAUCUAAUGGUGGGUUUUGGAGAUUAUUCUCCAAAUUCUCCUUCAACUUCUUCAUGUUCUUCUCUUUUGUGUUCUUCAAGUUCCUAUGAUUCUUGUUUUGGAGGCCCUAAUGGUAGUAGUAGUAGUUCUUCUUCCACCUAUGUUCUUGCUCUUCCUUCUCUCUCUUCUUUGUUUGAACUCGAGUAGGAAGAGAUCA